AUGGCCUCCAACCCAACUCUCACAACAUCAAUGCAGCCACCACCAGGCCCAAACACCCCCCUCGCCCUCCCAACAGCAACCACAAACGAAAACCCACAAACCUUCAAUGCCGCAAUGAAAGUCCGCAUGCGCGUCUUCGUCGACGAACAAAACUGCUCCGCAACUGCUGAGAUCGACUCCGAUGAUUCACGGAGCUGGCACUGGGUCAUCAGCGACAGUGACAACCCCAUCGCAGUAAUCCGUCUCGUCCCCCCACCCCUGCCACCCCACGAACACCUCACACACCCGGAAACAAGCCCACAGCUUCCAGAAUGGGAUUGGAAUCAUGAACCGUGCGUCAAGUUGACUCGGGUCGCGGUACUCCCAGAAUACCGUGGACUCGGCCUCGGCCGACGACUUGUUGAUACGGCACUGGAAUGGGCGACUGCGCAUGCGCAUGAGAUUGAUACGGCAAUGCGCAAUGUGGCGGGGCAGGAGGGGGUGCAUUUGAAAGACGGUUUAGAGUCAUGGAAAGGGUUGGUGCUUGUUCAUGCGCAGGUCGAUGUGGAGCGGAUGUAUCAGGGACUAGGCUUUGUGACAAAUGAAUCCUUGGGUAGAUGGGACGAGGAGGGGAUUGAACAUGUUGGCAUGUUUAAGCGGAUUACUCUUGCAUAG